GCUUGUGUUGUCGUCUGAGGAGAUGCAGAUGUCGGGGGAAGAGGGUGAGGAAGAGGGUGGGGAAGGUGGUGAGGGUGGAUCGGAGAGGAGUAGUGUGAGGGGGACGAGGAGGCGGGGUGCGUUGCAGGAGGUUACGCUUGCUAGUGCGACGAAUGAGAAGACGAGACGCCGAAGAAGGCGGGGUGGUUAGUAUCUUCUUGUUGAGAUAUGUGCAGGAUCAGUGGCUAAUGGGUAUAGAUACCGAGGACGACAAGAUGAGCGUGUACUCUAGCACUUCAAGUAUAGCUUCAUCGACGCGAUCUCGCCGCAAACACUCUAGCGAGAACGAAAACAUCAACGUCAACCUACGCGGGAAGAACUCGAUUGACGGAAGUUACUCGUUUGCAGAGGAGGAGGCGGCGUACUACAAUAUUGGCGCGAACCACUCGAUUGAGAAUCGGCUGCCUCCUGAGGACGAUGAGGUGGGGGAAGGUGGUCAGACGAGGAUUCUGAAGCGUGCGGUGGCGUAUUUGAUUCUCGCGCUGGUGAUUUCUGUGCUUGCGAUGUCGGUGUCAACAAGAUGGAGCAACAAACAAGCCCUCCCCGAGACAACAGAAGAGGUCAUGUCACGCCUCGUCAAGCUCGAGACGCGCCUCGCCCAACUAUCCUCCACCUCGCGAGAGUUUGCGCGCGAGUACGAAGCCUACGUGAAGAAAGACGGGCAAAAGUUCAAGAGUCUCGAGAACGAGGUUACACAGAAACUGAUGGCGCAGGCGGGCAGGUACGAGGAUGUUAAAGAGCAGGCUGAGAAAGUGAAGUAUCUCGCUACGGCCGCGGUAGCCGAGCUUGAGACGAUUAUCAGCGACGUCGAGAGACGGUGCGCGGAGACGGGGCAGAAGCUCGAGGAGUUGGGUAGGCAGGUCGAGAGCGCGGAGAGCCAUGCAGAGAGCAGAUUCUCCGAAUUUGAAGAGCAAAUCAAGAAAGCGUACGACGUCUUUCUCGACGCACAGACCGCGCUGAAAGGGUUCACUCCCCGGCUCACAGCGCAGGACGCGGAAGUCGCGCGGCUGGAUGGCGCGGUGCGGACGUUAGAGGCGCGGGUGGAGCGCACGCUGGGGCAGGUUGUGAGCGCGGCGGAGACGGCGGCGGCGAAGGCGAUCGAGGAGAUUUUGCCGGAGCGGAUCGCGGUGCGGAUUGGAGAGGGGGGAGAGGUGGCUGUCAAGCCUGAGUUUUGGGGGUACCUGAGUGCUGCGUUCUCGAGCCGGGAGGAGAUGGAGAGGGUGAGGGGGGAGGUUGAGAGCGCGAGGGAAAGUCUGCGUGAGCUGCCGUCGGUAGCAGCAGGAGAUGAAGAGUCCUACCUGAGCUGGGAGGAGUUUCUGGCGAAGAACAGCGACGCGGUGCGAACGAUGUCGCGAGCGCAGUUUACAGAGGAAUACGAGAAACUAGUGUCCGCACAAACAGUUCUAACGCGCGACACGUUCAUGGACCUCGUACGUGCCGAACUAGGCUCUGCGCGCGACGAAUUCUCGCGCCGCGUGAACGAAGCCGAGUACGCGAUCGAGAAGAAGAUCAUGGAUGCCGCGCGCGGGUACUUUUCCGGACCAAAGAAAGAAGAUCUAGGCUGGCUUGCGCGGUUGCGGAAGAGUCGUGCAGGACAGAAAGAACAGAGGUUCUUCCAGGGCGAGGAGGAAGGGGAUAAUUUGACGAUGGCGGCGAUCGAGACGAUGGUUGGGGAGGCUAUUGAGCGGUUUGAGAUUAGACAGCGCGAGAAGGUUGAUUUCGCGGAUGUGCAGCGCGGGGCGCGUGUUAUUCGCGCGAUGACUGGUGCGCUGCAGAGAGGAGGAGGGGGAGGGGGGGAGGGGGAGGGGUUUGUUGAGUUUAUGGCGCGGAUGGUGUUAGGUCGACCUAGUCGGUUCGCGACGGGUAUGUCAUGGCGAGAACAGAGCGCGCUGACGAGGAUGGAGAGUAGUGGAAGCAGCUGCUGGUGGUUUGCGGGCCAGGAAGGGUGGUUGGGGAUACGACUUGGAGAGUGGAUCUACGUGGACGAGGUCGGGCUGAGUCAUGUGCCGGGAGAGUUGGCGGGGGGCGCGAAGGGGGCUGCGCCGAAGGAGUUUGAGGUGUGGGUUGAGAUCGAGGGGGAGGAGGAGAGGCGGGCUGUGAGGGAGGCGGUGGAGUGCAGAGCGAGUUCUGCUGUGAGGAUCUCCAGUGAUGACUCCACUGAUGAAGAGGAGGAGGAGGAGGAGGGAGCAGAGAGCGAGUUCGAGAAACUAGUGCAGCCGGGCGGAGCAGGAGCAAACUACGUGAAGCUAGGCAAGUUCAGAUACGACGUGCGGUCCCCCUUCCACCUGCAGCAAUUCGGGAUCCCUCGGGCGGCGCAGAAAGUACUCCGCCGAACGCCCGUGCGGAAUUUCGUGUUUCGGUUCGUGCAGAAUUGGGGGGGUGAGGGGACGUGUGUUUAUAAAGCGCUGGUGUAUGGUAAGGUGGUGGGGGAGGGUGAGGAGGUGGAGGAGGAGAGGGGAGUUGGCGAUGAUGUGCCUGUAUGAUCAGACGUGUAUAAUUAGUGAAGUACGGACUCAGCAAUCUGCCCUCGUCCACAAACGGGAUCUUGACGACUGCUUCCCAGUCCAUCUUCUUGCCGUUGAGAUCAAGUUCAAACUCAAGAGGAUAAAAGUCGAUAAGACCACAACUGAUGGACCUCGGCAGUUGCGGUUAUUAGUGAGGCAUUUAGUUACAGA